CUGAGAAACAAAACACUUUCUAUUCCACUUUACCAAAACCGCCAAGGCUUGUGUUUUUUAACUCUUGGUCUCAUUUGCCAAUGGAAAAAGACUUUUGUGUUGGCAUGCUUGUUUUGAUUCCUUCUAUCUUGUGAAACAAAUCUUUCAACUGGUGUUGGUGUUGGUGUUGCGUGGGCGUAAGGAAGAGAAACUUGUGUUUCAAAUUUCAAUGACUUCUGCUACUAGUUAUACUCCUUUACCUGAAAACAAACCUCAGAUCCAGCACAUAAUUAACAUUCCUGAACAGAUUGAGCCUGAGGUGCAUGACCAAUGUUGCAUUUACAAGGUUCCUCCUCAUCUCCUGAAAUUGAAUGCAGAAGCCUAUACACCACAGUUCAUCUCAAUAGGCCCUCUUCACAGUGACAAACCAGAACUAAAGCAGGAGAAGCAGAAACAAAGGUAUUUUCAUGCUUUUUGGAAACGUCUAUCUCACAAGCAAGGUUUAGCUUUGUCACAAUAUAAAUCCUUCCUUGAAGAGAAUAGAGAGAAGGUAGGUAUUUGUUAUUCCAAGCCAGAACUCCACAAGGAUGAAAAGUUUGUUGACAUGAUCCUAUUAGACUCAGUCUUCAUCAUGGAGCUGUUUUUUAGAAAAGCAAACAAAUCUGAACAGAAGAAUGAUCAAAUGUUCACCACAUCAUGGGUGUGCAAGAUGACUCAACGCGAUUUGUCACUACUUGAAAAUCAGAUUCCCAUGUUUGUGUUGGAGGAAUUGCACACAAGGGUCAUCCUUGGAGACAAUGACACAAAAGAUAACAGUGUCAAAUUUGUUCAGCUUGCCUUUAACUACUUUGAAGAUUAUUUUUCACACAAGCCAAGUUUUAAAGUGGAGAUGAUCAAGAAUUGUAAAUCUUGCAAACACUUUACUGAUUUGAUCAGAUUCACCUACUUGCCUACAAAGUUCCAGAUUGAGGGGGUGAAUGUGAGUCCAUCACGACAUUUCACCCCUUGUCAAGUGGAAUGUGUUCUUAGAACUGCAACAAAGUUGAAUGAGGCUGGUGUUAACUUUGAGAAAGUUCAAGGUAGGAGCUAUUUGGACAUAAAGUUUGAGAAGACUCCAAUCCUCAGCUGGUUCUUGUGUUUUGGUUGCUUACCAUUCUCCAAAUGUUUCAAAGCUCGCUUGCAAAUACCCCAUUUGAAAGUAAACCAAGUCACAGAAUGUGUUCUAAGGAACCUCAUUGCAUUGGAGCAGUGUCACUAUUCAGACCAACCUUUCAUAUGCAACUAUGUGACUCUAAUUGACUCACUGAUUCACACUCAAGAGGAUGUGGAGCUGCUGGUUGACACAGAAAUCAUUGAGCAUGAACUUGGCAGCCACACUGAAUUGGCAACUAUGAUAAAUGGUCUUUGCAAGCAUGUUGUGGUGACUUCAAAUUACUACGGCAAAACCACAAAGGAACUCAAUGAACACUAUAACUGCUGUUGGAAACACUAUAUGGGUAUGCUGAUAUCUGUGUACUUCCGUGACCCUUGGAGAUUCAGUUCAACUAUUGUAGGAACUGCUGUUUUCUUAUUUGCUGUUGUCAACUUUCUAAGAAUUAUUGGUGUGUUUCGUCCAAAAUACUGAGAUACUAAUGAUCUUAGAAUUUUUCCUAGCACAUGCUAACUACUUAGUUUGAAAUGUAUGUUUCUUUUUUUAUCACUAGCAAUGAAAUGUGUUAUUAUGAGAUCA